AUUCAAUACAUUUUCAGCAUAUCCUCUAAAGAAUUUGCUAUUUAUUAAACUCAAUUAAAAAUUGAUAAAAUUGUUUACUUCCGGUGAUUCAUACUUCGCUGCUAAAUCUCAUCUUAUCAGAUUAACGCGUUAUCAGUACAAGUGUUACCUGUUACUGAAAGCAUAUGGUGCCCAAGUAUUCGUUAGUAUCUUGAACCAAGAGCCUGAAACCAUUGCGGAAGAGAUAAUAUGCAGACCUAAACACUUAAUGCGUAAAGGAAUGAAAUUUCUUAUAACAUUGACGAGUUUUGUACAGAAAGUAAAUAAAGUCAGAACAAUAACGUCUAUUUGAAGUACUGUAUAAAGUGCAAACAAUGGUCGACAAACAUGGUGAUAGGAUGCAGUACGAUCCAAAAUAUCGGGGACCUUUGAAGGGCAGAUCAUGCACAGAUUGCUUUUGCUUGGUUAUCUUCUUGGCAUUUGUGAUAGGAUGGGCGGGUAUUGGAUAUUACGCGUAUACUUACGGAGAUAUUGAUACGUUGGUGUACCCAACUGAUAGUGAAGGAAGAAUAUGUGGUAGGGAUCCAGAUGUCGCGGACAGACCAUUCCUGGUAUUUUUUGAUCUGACAAAAUGUGUAGCGGUCACGUCUGUGACCCAAGGAUGCGAUACGCCACAAGUAUGCGUGCCGCAGUGUCCGACAGAUAAUUUUGUGUGGGAGCUAAAUUCGACACUUUUGGCGAAUAACUUGACUGCAUUAAGAAACGCAAUGAUAUGCAAGAUUGAAAUUAAUUUGGAUAUAGCGACGGCAGAACAACUGAGUACCUACGUUUCAAACGACGUCUGUGCUCAGUGGUAUCUGACCAGUACUUCUGUUACUGAUCGUUGUAUUCCAAACGGAAUUCCCGAACAGUUUGUUAAUUUUACAAUGACUGUAGCUGACCUAGAAGAAGCGUCCACGUAUAUCCAGUUGCUGGUUCAGGUUGAAGAAAUUGUGCAAGACAUCUACAAAGAUAUCAUAGCAACCGGGUGGACCAUUGCAUCGAUCCUUGGUAUCAGCGCUGUCAUAUCUCUGAUCUACAUAAUAUUACUGCGCUGGUUGGCGACUCCUGUUAUUUUCGUAUCAAUCGUUGGGCUCUGCUUGCUACUUGGAUAUAGCACUUACCAGUUUUACGUAUUGUAUGCAGCCGAAGACUCUACUUUUUGGUUGGUACUUACGAUAAUCUGUGCCAUAAUCCUAGCUAUAGUUCUGCUGAUAGCAAUCUGUCUUCGCAACAGAAUACGACUGGCCUGUAAGCUGAUCGGAGAAGCCAGCAAAGCAGUAACCAGCACUACUUCAACACUAAUAUUCCCAGUUGUUCCGUGGGUUAUAGAAAUUCUAGUAGUAGUAUACGCGAUACUUGCCGCGAUAUACUUGAUAUCAAUAAAAGUACAAACCUACUCUGUGAAACUUGGUGGCAACUGUUCUUGUCCCGAAGAUUUGGGUUAUACUAACGGUACGACUUGUGACCAGACAACGUUCAAUGAAAGUUGCACAGAAAACGAGGGUUUCUGUAUAUCCGGUGGAUGUUACUUGAACACCACAAGCAGACCAUGGUUCUCGAAUUACUUGCACGCUUACAACAUCGUUGCAGUAUUAUGGAUGGUUUUCUUUGCCGCAGCUUUUGGAGAAAUGGCAUUGGCUGGAACUUUUGCUACUUGGUACUGGACCUUCAAAAAGUCCAAAGUACCUUUCUUCACACUAACCAGCAGCUGCUGGCGAACAGUCAGAUAUCACUUGGGCACCUUGGCAGUUGGAUCCCUAAUCAUAACAAUUUGCCGGUUGAUAAGAUGGGUGUUGGAAUGGAUUGAUGUAAAGCUGAAGCAAUACGACAAUGAAGUUGUAAGAUUCCUUGUAAAAUGUAUGAAAUGUUGCUUCUGGUUGCUGGAGAAGUUCCUUAAAUUCAUCAAUAGAAAUGCAUACAUAAUGUGUGCAGUACACGGAAAAGGUUUUUGUGCCUCAGCAAAAAAUGCCUUCAAUCUGCUCAUGAGGAAUAUUUUGCGAGUCUUUGUCCUCGACAAGAUUACAGAUUUGCUGCUCCUGAUAGGAAAGAUAUUAGUCACUGGUGGUAUGGCUUGGGGAACCUGGUGGUACACGAAAAAUUAUUUGAUAGUCACUUAUUGGUACGUCCCAGUGGUUCUGGUCGGCGUAGGAACCUACUUGGUAGCAUCAGUAUUCUUCAGUGUAUAUUCUACAGCAGUUGACACUCUGUUUCUCUGCUUCCUUGAGGACUGCGAGCGCAAUGACGGAACACCUGAAAAGCCUUACUACAUGAACAAAGGUCUGCUGAAGAUUUUACGUAAAUGAUAGAUUACAAUUUCUGUGCUUUUGAAUGAAAAACGCAUAGUCCCAAAUUGGAGAAGAACAAUUUUCAUUGUUACUUUUUCCUAUUUAUUCGGUUUAACAAAAAACGCGUUCCUAUGAAUGAUUGUGAUUUAGCUUUUAAAAUCGAAGUGACUAUAAGUACGUGUAUGAGUUAUAUAUGUAUACACCAACAGUUUUACGAUGUCAGAGAUACAAGUUUAUAGCGCUGGAAGAUAGAAAAAAAAAAGAAUUGCAUUAGUGACAAUUUAUGUGUUGUAAAUAAAAAAUUACGUACCUUCCAA